UGUUGCAAGAUCGGAGCUGUCAGAGAUUUUGCUUCCCCCCCCCUUUUUCCCCUUUUUCUUUCUUUUCUUUUUUCUUUUUUUUAAAAAAAAAGGAACGUGGAGGAAAAAGAGGGGAAGAAAGGUGGGAGAAAAAGAUGCACGUGCGAGUGGGCGAUUAAAGCAUCCAGCCAAGAACCGAUCCAUGGGCAAAGCUGACUCUGACACUUGGGGAACCCCAACGCUGCGCCGUUUGGAGAAAGAUGGGUAGACUGUGAGGACUUCGGGGGAGGGGGCGGAGUUUGGGGGGGCUGGUUUUGUUUUGAUCUCUCUCUCUCUCUCUCCCUCUCUCUUUUCCGAGAGGGGGGGAAUGAGAGAGAGAGGGAGAGAGGCUGAGACUGGAAAUAUAAGAUAACUGCAAAAAAAGCGAAUCCGUCCAAAUGCCCGAAUCUUUGGAUAUCUCUCUCUACUAGAUUCCCGCUCUAAAACCAACAAGUGGAUUUUAUUGUGCGUUUCCCCCACCCACCCCCCACCCCCUUCCCUCUAACAAAAUUCUCAGAAUCAGAAUCCCUCCACCUCCUGGACUGGCGAGGUGGGGGAGUCCGGAAAGUGGUGGGGGGCAAAGAGAAGACGGCGAUCUCCGGAGCUGGCGACCGACUAUGGAAGAGCAGGCGGACGCUAAAAGCCAGCGCGACUCGGCUCCGACUCCAGUCAGCGGGAGCAGCGGGAGCGAUGGCGAGAGCGUCCCGGUGUCUCCCAGCGGCCACGCUCCCUUGUCUCCCGCACCGCCUUGCCUCGUGCCUCUGCCCCACCAUCCGCACCACCAUCACCACCACGGCCACCAUCAGCACCAGCACCAGCACCAGGCACCUCCGCCCCCCCAGCAGCAGCAGCAGCAGCCGAGGCCGCCGCCGCCGCCGCCGCCACCGCUGCCGCCGCCGCAGCAGCAGCAGCAGCAUCGCACCACCAACUUUUUCAUCGACAACAUCCUGAGGCCGGACUUUGGCUGCAAGAAAGAGCACCUCUUGAUCCUGGCCGGCGGCCCUGCGGCGUCCGGAGGAGGAGGAGGAGGGGGAGGAGGGGGAGGCAGCGGCGGCGGCGGCGGCAGCGGCCGGGACAGAGACCUAGAUCGCGCGGCCAGCUCAGGUAGAGAAAAUGUCAGCCCACUGCUCGGCAGGCCCCUCAACCCGGCCUCCACUCUCCUUAGCGCCGACUCGCCCGGGAACCCCGACAGCUCCUCCACGACCUCCAAAACGAGCCCGGCCGCGGCAGCAGCGGUAGGGACGGCCAAGCCCCCCUCCACUACCUCCUCCUCCACCUCCUCCACCUCUUCCACCUCCUCCUCCUCUUCCUCCUCCUCCUCCUCCUGCUCGGAAGGGAGUGGAACUAACCCGGCGAAGUACGGGGAACACGCCAACCCGGCCAUCCUCCUCGUGGGCUCCGGGAAUGGAGGAGUGGGGGCCUCCGGCGAGGGUCAACAGCCGCUGGUUUGGCCGGCCUGGGUUUACUGCACUAGGUAUUCAGACAGACCGUCCUCGGGUCCCCGAACGAGGAAGCUGAAGAAGAAGAAGAACGAGAAGGAGGACAAGCGGCCGCGCACGGCCUUCACCGCCGAGCAGCUGCAGAGACUCAAGGCGGAGUUCCAGGCCAACCGCUACAUCACCGAGCAGCGGCGACAGACGUUGGCCCAGGAGCUGAGCCUCAACGAGUCCCAGAUCAAGAUCUGGUUCCAAAACAAGCGGGCCAAGAUCAAGAAAGCCACCGGCAUCAAGAACGGCCUAGCCCUUCACCUCAUGGCCCAAGGACUGUACAAUCAUUCCACCACCACCGUGCAGGACAAAGAGGACAGCGAGUGAGGCCGGACCGACCCGGCUGUCCCCGCGGACUGUCCCCCUCCCCACAUCCCCUCCGCCCCCGUUGGCUACCUUUUCGUUUCAUUCGCUUUAAUUCUUCCUAAGAUUAUUAUUAUUAUUAUUAUUAAAAUAUUAUUAUUAUUAUUAUUA